UGUGUCUUCAACAAGUCUUUUCCCAUCGUGUUUUUCAUCUACGCAGUCGGUGGAGAGCAACUGCGCCCGACUGCAGAAUCCGAUGAUCCCGCCUUGCCAUUGCGAGAGUUUUUUAGCACACGUCAGUGUGACAUUAGAGCAAGGCGGAACGCCCUCGGACACUUUUCUUACCGGCAUGCAACUCGCGGCGAUCACUCGAUUCUGCACAAAAUUUGCUCAUCUCAAACAAGCCUAUCUGCCUCGUGCUCUCCUGUCCUAUAGCCCCAACCUUGUGUUCCUGUUAAUUAUUUAUUAUUAGUAUAUACCCUUCACCUGUGUGUCCUCGUUUACUAGUUUAGUUCUUCCCCAUUUUAACCAUUGUGUUUGAUGUUUUGUGUCGGAUCAUUGUAUGUGUCACGUUUGACACUGUCAUAGGUCUUGUCUUGUUUUGCCCUGUCUUGUUUUAAGUAAUUAUUUAUAUCCUUGCCUUUUUAACCCCUCGAGGGUGUUUCUGUUAUAUAAUAAAAGUCUUUUUGGUUGAGAGCUGUCUGCACUUGGAUUCUUCAUACUCAUGACACACAUGGCUUCAGGUAACAGAAUGAACAUUGAAACACACGGACUAUACAUUCACAGGGAGAGACCAUGUUUAAAGAUGUUGUUUACUAGCCUGUGCCUUGGAAUUACAGGAUUUCUGGUUUUAUGGACUUAUGCGGCAAAUAAAGAAGAUAAUCAUCCUCCAAUCAGCUUUUUGUCACAACACUUUGCAAAACUUUACAACUCCAGAAACUUCUCCACCUCUCCUGCAGAUGUUCAGCUAGAAAUGAGUUCAGAAGACUCAGGGUCAAGUUCAAGUUCAUUUUACUCUGAAUUUGGAAUCAGUUUAGAAAGUUACUUCAGUUUACAGCAGACUCUUUACUGGGCUGGACCAGACAGAUCAAUCACAAAUGUGUCUAUGAGUACAAGUCCAGAUCACUCCACUUUCAUCAUUCAGAACCUGAAAGACAGCUACCAAAUAGGGGAGGAGCUUUUUGUUACUAUCCAUGCCAGAGACUUUAACAAUAGAUCUAAACUUUAUGGAGGGGAUUUCUUUCAAGCAAAGCUUUUCUCAUCUAAAGGUCCCAAUAAGGCCAGUGUGUUUGGGGAGGUGGUGGAUUUGCUCAACGGCUCCUACUCUGUGCGUUUUCUUCUGCCGUGGGUUGGAGAGGCACAGGUGGCUGUGCGUCUGAUCCACUCCAGUGAAGCUGUGCAGGUCCUCAAGCAUCACAGAGACACUGACUCUGACAGAGUUUUCUUUAAUGGAUAUUUUGAAGGACCAGGACCAAAAGGGACCAGGCUGACAGAAAUAGUGAAGUGUAAUGUGAAGUGGGACAAGAAUGGACUGGAGAGGAUGGGGACCGGAGAUUGCUGCUGUGAUUACAAAGAUUCUCGCACUGGAGAAGAAUGGCGCUGUCAAAGACCCAAAUCACUGCCAUGCAGUGCUCGCGUGUAUCACUCUAUGGGCGGGUAUAACAAACGUGUGACUACCAAAGAAGCAAUGUUUAUGAGGCAAACCAACAAAGGUAUCAAUGGACAAAGAACACCAAUCAAGAUUCUUUCUUACAAUAAAACAGUGGGAAUUGAUGUAACACACAAAUGUCGUCCUGGUUUGCACUCACCAGUUCCAGCUGGGUUUUACCUGAAUGAUGUCUGGACGUCCUUUGUGUGUAGCACCCUUCAUUUUACUACCCAAACAACAACACAGUGCCUGAAAGACAAACACAUCUACAUGAUGGGAGACUCGACCAUGAGACAGUGGUAUGAGUUCUUGCUGAAAGCAGUACCAACUUUGAAGCAGAUGAACCUGCAUGUUGAAUAUCAGGCAGGUCCUCUUCUAGCAGUGGAUGUAAAGAACAACAUUGACUUACACUGGAGGUCUCACGGUCUUCCUCUACGCUGUCGGAAAACGGAAGUUUCUAAUCUGCACUACGUCAGUAAUGAGAUUGAUGAUCUCACUGGAGGACCUCACACAGUUAUUGUUUUUAAUCUGGGACCACACUUCACAACAUAUCCUCUGGAUUUCUUCACCCACAGAGUGUUGAGGAUCCGCAAAGCUGUGCUAGAUUUAUUACUGCGGGCACCAGACACUACCGUUAUAAUCAAGACCGUAAACACCGGCUAUAAGGAUGUGUUUGGCAGUGACUGGUAUUCUUUGCAGUUGGACAGAAUCCUACGGUGGGCUUUUCAGGAUGUUGGUGUUUAUAUUUUGGAUGUUUGGCAAAUGACAGCCUGUCACUACAACAAAGAGAACAUUCAUCCAGGUCCUGUCAUUAUCAAAAAUGAAAUGGACAUAUUUUUGUCUUUUAUUUGCCCUGAAUGAUUUUAUCAGAAGCAAUCAGGAGGUAAAACCAAGUGUCUUUUUAAUUUUAGUUUAUUCAUUUUUAUAUUGAUUGCGUAAAACAUGGUAAAACACUAAGUUUUUAGUAGCAGAAACUGCUAUGCGUGGCAGAUAAAUUACGAACUGUCCAAGAAAAUCUGGCACAAGGAACUGAAAAGUUGCACUUACAUUGUACCUACAUUGCUCAUUGCUGUUGCUUUGCAGGUUAAUUUAUAUAACCUAACUAUGUACAUCACAUAACAACACUUAAUGCACUUUAAAAAAAAUGCAUUUUUGUCAAAUCAACAUCUACACUGUAAAAAAUUUGCUGUAAUUAUGCAGCUGGUUGCCAGUAACUUACUGUAGAAGAUAAAGACUGAAAAUGUUUUAUGUUCAUCUAACUUUAAACAAACUGCAGUAAAUAACAUAUAUGUAAAAUCUACAGUAAGUUACUGGCAGCUAGUUGCCAGUAAUACCCAGUAAUACUGUAAUUUCUACAGAAAUUGUUUACAGUGUAUUUUUUAUGUUACUUAACAAAUGAAAUGAAAAAUUUUCAACUUGUUUUAAUAAGUUUAACAUCUUUCAUCUUUUUUAUGUAGCCAUGAUUUUUACUUCUCAAAGCAGGGUUAGAUAGAGCUUUCUUUUAUGUGCUGUUAAUUAUUGUCAUCACAUAAUGAUUGACAGGAGGAGGGAGUGCCAAUACAGGUAGAACAAUAAUUUCCUCUGCAGAUUAGAAACAUGUACUCGCAUGUGCCCAGUUGCUUUACAUUUAAAGCAUGUUUGAAAUGCAUGAUGUUGAAUGUUCUGAU